AUGUCUUCUUCGCAAUCAGAAACGGCGAUCCUCUUGCCGUCGGACGAGGUCUUCUCGCGGCAUCUCGACUCGACCGACCAGGACAGACCUGUCAAAAUCGAAGAAGUCCUCAAGAAUGUCAAGUACUACAAGAUGGCUUUCGGACUGUCUCUCCCUGUCACACUUGGUCUGGAAAUAUGGCAUCUCAUCCUGUCGUUGAAAGAGCUGGCUGGCCUGGAAACCGUGAACCAGGCCGCCAAAGCUGCGAUAAUUGGUCAAGCUGGGAUAGAUGGUUUCGGAACAGCGGCUAUGGCUUGUUUGACGCUCUUAUACGUCGCGACCCUCUUCCGAAACAUAUCCAUUCGGACCUUCAGCCUCACUCCCAAGAUGGAGCACGCUAAUCUUCACCGAGCUCUAUGCCAACUUGGGUUUCUAUCCACCUUACUCCUGAUCGGCCUCCAUGCCAUGCCCGGCAUCGCAUACACCAUAAUCACACACCUCUCUCCUCCUAGCCUCUCAGCGGCCCAUGCCACUUCGAUCCGGCAUCUCCGUACCGUGGCGCUCAUAGCCACUCUCUUUGCUGAGGACAACGUCCGAGGAGAAGAAAGUCCCAGAGUGGUCAUCAAGUUGACACCGGCGGCGGAGGAGGCUGACCCCCUCUUGUCCGCGGUGACUAUCGAUCAGCAAGAGCAAGCCCUUCCUUCCGAGCCUUCCACCAACGUCUUUGACUAUCACAACUCGGCUAUGCUUGUCUUCGCUGUGAUCGGAUACAUGGCGCCCCUUGCAAUCCGCUCGGCAUAUGUAGAUAGCUUACAGCAACCUGAUCUCCCACUGCUCGACGAUCGGACACGGAACAGCGGCAUCGACAGUGCAAUCUUCAGCGUGGAUAACAUACGAAAGCCAUCCAUCCCAGCAAGCAAAAUCGGCAGCUGGCAGUUAAUCAAGACCCUGUGGGCGGGCAGAGGCUUUGACUCUUUCAUCCUGGAAACAACAAGGAAUAUCAUCAGCUUCGUUCAGAUUGCGGCCAUGCACGAGAUCAUUCAGUCAUUCAACGAGCCGUCCGGGUCGGACAAGAGCUAUACGUAUCUCAUGUGCUGGGGGUUGUUCUUUGGGCAAACUGUCAAUGUUCUACUAUCUGCAUACUGCUCCGUGAGGGAGAAUUACAUGCUCCAUACACCGGUGCGGAUGUCUAUCAGCACAAUGCUUCUUGCAAAGAUCCUCAGGACGACCGAUGCCAAAGCUCUCGAAGCUCACAACGUCGACGCCGACAGUCAGAAGAAAGACAAUAAAGGUCGAGGACAAGCGAUGAACUUGCUCACUAUCGAUGCUAAGCCUGUCGCUUCGUUGGCUACUCAUUCGUGGGCUUUAACGAAUAGAAUGACCACAUUGAUCAUCGGCACGGCUAUGCUCUACAAGAUGCUCGGUGUCAGUGCUUUUGUGGGUAUCGCAUGUGUUCCUCUGUCGGCCCCAUUUUCAUGGCCGGUUGCCAAAUUGAUCUACACAUUUGAUAAAGGAUGGAUGCGAUCCCGAGAUGCAAGAACCGGCGCCCUCAAGGAGUUUCUUCUCGGUAUCAAAGUAAUUAAACUGAACGCUUGGGAGCCCUACUUUGGCGUUCGUAUCUCCAAAUUUCGUGCCGAUGAAGUCAAGUCCUGGCGGACCAGCUUCCGCUUUUCAUCUCUUAUUACCUUCUGGUUCUAUACGAAAAUCAUGGGAAACCCUUUGAAUGCUGCUACAGCUUUCGUCUCCUUGAGCGUGCGAGUGACCAUCUUCCAUGCCUAUGGUCUUCAAUCAUUCCCUCAAGUCAUUCAAAGCAUCCUCACAUGUCGAGUAUGUCUCGAGCGUCUUUCGCGUUACCUCAGUCAGCCCGAAAUCGACAGCGACAAGUGGGAGCAUACCUCUCGCCGUAUCUCGGCCGAUAACGCCACCAUCACAUGGCCGGCUGCUGAUGGUAUCAAGAUCGAGGAGAGUGGGAGGUUCAAGCUGAGAGAUGUGGAUUUGAAUGUGCCGGAAGGGAAGUUGACUGUCUUAUGUGGUCCUCUGGGUGCUGGCAAGACGCUUUUGCUGAGAGCGUUCUUGGGCGAAGCGAAAGUGGAAAAUGGUACCGUCUUCGCACCUCGCUCUCUUCCCUACGCCACUCCAGUACUCUCCGAGGGUGAGACUUCCUGCAUCCAAUGGACUACCGAAAUGUGGCUCAACGACUCUGUUGCAUAUGCUCCCCAGCAAAGCUUCAUCCGACAUGGUACUAUCCGAGACAACAUUCUUUUCGGGGCGUUAUCGGCGGAUCUUGAAAUGUUUGAUGAUGGCGACUUGACUGAGGUCGGCGAGAAUGGCGUCACCCUGAGUGGUGGCCAGAAAGCCCGAGUCAAUCUCACUCGCUGUCUCUAUUCUCGGGCAUCUACGGUAUAUCUCGACGAUACCCUCUCUGCUGUCGAAGCACACACUGCACAAUACAUCUUCGCCGAAUGUCUUCAAGGCGGUCUACUCGAGACUCGUACUACUGUUCUCGUCACCCACCACGUCCGACUCGUCCUCCCGGCCGCCUCAUUCAUCAUCUCCCUCACCAAAGACGGCAAGGUCGAGCAGGCUUGCCCAACUUCAGAUGCGAAGCUUGGAGGGCUAGCGCUGGAGAAUGAGCCAGCCUUAUCAGAAUUGGGGGUGGCUCGGGAAGGCCCUCGAGAUUUGCCUGGGGGCAGACCCCUCGUCUCUCAGACAGACAGGAAGGAUCGGGCGCGAGAUGUCUCCUCGGACAUCCCUCGAGCCUCUCGUCACGUCUAUGCAAAAGAGCACCGAGAGAUCGGCCGCGUUUCUCGAGAUCACUAUCUCCUCAUCUUCCAAGCCGCCGGUGGCAAACUAUACUGGGCUCUGCUUUUGCUCAUCUUCGGUGGUCAGAGGGCCUUGACCUUGUCCAAGAGCUUCUGGCUCGCGCACUGGUCUUCCGAUCCUAACCCCGAGCACCUGGACUACAAUCUCGGAGUCUUCGCCAUCAUAUCGUCCUCGUUUUGUUCGAAUGUUGGGUUCUACUCGCGAGGUAGUAGGCUCAUUCAUGACGUUGUCAUGACCAGGCUGUUCACAGCGCCCUUGCAUUUCUUUGACACUACGCCGCAAGGGAGAAUUGUGAACGUGCUGGGGCAGGAUAUCCGGAGGCUGGACUGCAAUGCAGCCGACGACUUUGGCCCUCGUACCCGUGCACAAGAUCACCAGCUUACCUUUGUCUGCCAGGCUGUUACUUUUGUAGCUCUCCUAUUUGGUUUACCUCUAUUCUGGAUCAGCAGGCACAUCAACAAAAUGCGAUCCGACAUACGACGCCUCACCGCCACAGCCUCCUCCCCUCUCUUCUCCUUUUACAAUGAAGCCAUCGAUGGCGUCGUCAUGACUCGGGCAUUUGGGCAGAGCCAGCUACUCAUGGUGACUAUGCAAAUCCUGAAUAACAGGGAGAGAGCAGCACAACUGGCAGCUUGGGUCGGUGAUCAAUGUCGAGUGUUUUCAUCACCUACGGGAUUUUUGCUUGUGGGACAAAACAUCUCACCCUCUCAAGCUGGUUUGAUACUGGGCUUUGCGUUGCGCGUUUCUUCUGGGCUAUUCAGUCUCAUAGAACGCUACUCCCUGUUGGAGCAGACAUUGGUCAGCGCCGAACGAGUCAUCUACUAUAUCAACAUGCCUGAUCACGAAUCUGAGGAAGGCAUCUUGCCGCUAAAUGGAUGGCCUGCAAGCGGCAAGAUUGAGGUACAAGAUCUCAACGUGCGAUACGCGCCCGACCUGCCCAAAGUCCUAAACAGGGUCUCGUUUACCAUCGAACCAGGUCAUCGUGUGGGUCUUGUAGGAGCAACUGGCUCGGGAAAAUCUACACUCGCUUUGGCAUUGAUGCGAGCCAUCGGCGAUCAAGAGGGCCGAAUGCUGAUCGAUGGAAUCGGUACGUUAUUACUCUCGAUCCUAAGAAGACUGAAUAUGAUCUCUCAAGAUGGUACACUCUGUUCCGGAAGCCUGCGAGAGUCCUUGGACGUGACUGGUCUACGAACUGAUUCCGACAUUUACGAGGCUCUUUGCAAAGUCCAUCUCAUCUCCAGAGAUAUGUCCGAAGAGGACAUGAGGGAGAACCCGUUUGCUGACCUCAACACCUACGUUGCCAUUGAAGGAGGUAAUUUCAGUCAAGGUCAACGUCAAUUACUAUGUCUGGCCAGGGCUCUAUUGAAGGACUCAAAGAUACUGAUUAUGGAUGAAGCAACAUCCUCGGUCGACUUUGCAACUGAUGCCAAAAUAACGGCCACCAUCAAAGAAUAUUUUGCCGGUACUACUAUGCUCGUCAUUGCUCAUCGCCUUGCAACGAUAAUGGAUUUUGACCGAAUCCUCGUCCUUGACAAGGGCGAAGUUGUUGAAGAGGGCAAGCCAGCACAUCUCAUUUGCAAUCAUACGACUCGAUUCCAUGCGCUUUGUAUGGCUCAAGGGAACGAAGAGUAUGGCUCACUGCUGGCCAUGGUGGACGGAACAGAGUUCAAGUAG